AUGCCAGUCCCAGGCCCGUCUUCGCAACCACAGUCAUACCCCUUACCGCAAUCGCUUCCGCAAAACUAUCCUCGGUCGCAAUACUCUCAACCUUAUGCGGCCCCUCAAAGAUACCCCGAGUCCGAGAACUACCCUCCCAGACCUCAGCGAUACGACGAGCCCCAAAAAUACGGUGACCCCCAGAGAUACCCUCAGCCCGAGCCGUACGUCCAGAACGAGAGAUAUCCCGAAUCUCAAGCCUAUCACGAACGCGAGCUAGAUGCUGAGUCGCAAGCAUUAUCAUAUGGCGACUCCGAGAGGAGGCGCCCGAGAGGUGGUUCGAGCUCUUCGGCCUCGUCCUCGACCUCGUCAUCCUUCCUCAACAUCUCAGCCAAGAGCCCAAGAUUCGGCGGUGUGUUUAGCACCUUUUGGAAAACCCCCUCGGAACAGCAGAAGCGCCGUCGCAAAAAGAAGCAGAAGGCUCGCAUUUUGUCGCUAGGCAAUUCCUCUUCCUCCUCCGUCAACUCCGAUUUAGCCUACGGACGCGGCUACAUUGAGCGCGAUAAGAGCCAGCUUACGACCCCGAUACCGUCGGUUUAUGCCAGUCCUGCGAUGCCCAUGCAUCGCGAGCCUGUUCAGGCCCGUCAAGAACCGCCGCCUGCGCCGCGGUCCAAGACCGACGAGGAAAUUUUGGAAAUUGGGCGCCAACUGCAAGACAUUGCGAGGAGGCAGAACGAUGCCGAUAGCCGAGCAGCCAGCAAGUCUCGGACGUCCCAGCUGGCUGGCGCAGCCGGUAUUGCGGGUGCCGCCGCUGCUUUCAGCCACUUUCGUAAGAACAAAGCCAGCAGCAAAAGCCGAGGGGCUGGUUCCUCGAAACUCAAGGACAGAGGCUCUUCCUCCGACGAUGAUUGGGAAUCCGCUUCCGAUGAUGAAUCGUCUACGGAUAGCUCCGGCAGUUCCGACGCCGGCUUGGUUUACGGCGCCGAGAUCAAGCCGUCAAAGUCCGCCAGGAUCUCAUCUGAGCCUCCCGAGCAGAUUAAGCCACCCGCGCGCAAGAACACCGUUGUGGACCCGCGUCUCUUUGGUCCCUACAACUCCCUUCGCGGCGCCGUGAAAAGCCCAUGCGGUUUCGGUGAAGAGGACCCCCGAUCUACUGGCUCAUUCCGCCGACACCAUGAGGAGACUGUUGCCCAAGUCCAGUCGCCAAAGACUGGGAAGCAGCCAAUGCAGCACGUGUACCCUGUGCCUACCUCGGACCCGAACAAAUUUGACUUUGAUCGUAGCUCCGUAACUUCGUCCCGACAGGAGCUUCCCCAACAGUCGCGGCCCGCUCCCGUUCCCCUGCAGCAGCCUAUCCCCAUUGUCCCUGUCUCGUCGAAAGUCUAUGAUGCCGAUAGAUUUGUAGAAGAUGAGCCUCGAAGUUCCAGACGCCAGCCACCCAAGGGGAGAAGCGCUGCGGAGAACGCCAUCGCAGGUGUAGGCGUCACAGCGGCUGCCAUCGGCGCGGCCAUGGCCGUUCGUAGGGACUCUGCUGAGUACCUUGAGCGUCGCGAUGACCGCCGAAGCGAGUUCCGGGAGAGGCGGGACGAACCCCAUGAGAUUCGAGAAAACCGGCGAACGGAAGAGCGAACAGAACGACCUGCGAGGAUCGAAGUGGAGGAUCGUGAAUCCCGCGAUCAACGUGACCCCCGUCGCUCGACUCGGCGCAACGAUGUCCAGAUCAUUGAUGACCGAGACAAGAGACAAGCUGUCCGCGACGAUUUAACCCGCAAACCUACCGAAAAGCGACCAAUAGGCACAGAUCCCCGUCCAGAGGUGUACCGACUGCCCCGUGGCGACGAAAUUCGAGUUGAGUAUGACCCGGACGAAGACCGCCGACGCCGUGAGGUUCCCAAGGAGGCCCGUGAAGAACAACGCAAGCCGGAAGGUUUCGCCGAACACCGGGACGCGCAGCGGGCGGAGAAGCCAUCUGAGUUACCUCGAGAUUACCAUGGGGUGGAGCAACCCGAGGUCCCUGUUACACAAGCACCUAUUGACCCUUUCCAGUUCCAGGUUGCUGACGACGCUUUCCAAACACCGAAAUACGCAACGCCCAAGAACGCAACGCCGAAAAGGCCACUGACUCCCCAGGUCGUGACUGUUGACCGCGAGCCUAACUUCGACGACUCGCCUCCGAGGAAGCCAGACUACUCCGACGCACGUAUGAGCCGCAAGGACUCCUUCGAGCUCGAACAAAGGUUAGAACAAUACCAGCAGCAGGGCUUCAGAGACCGUUCGAGAAAUCCCGAGCCGCGUCGUCGUCGAGACUCCUUGGAGGAGGAAGAGCACGCCGCCAAGUCUAUCUACGACGAAGCGAAGCAUGCUACUGCUCCUUUGGCCGCAGCCGCCUUCGCCUCCGCGAUUGCCGUAGAAGAGGAGAGAAGCCGAAAACGCAGAAGCGACCAUGUCACCGAAGACGGCUCACGCGAUAGAUCCCAGGCUACCAAAGAUGCCGUCCAGGAAGAGGCUGACAGGUACUAUCGUGAGACUGUUCUCGCUCGCAAGAUCGCCGAGGAUGAAAUUCGGUCUCGUAGCUCGUCGCCUCAUGACAAGUCUGUCGUAGGUAAAUGGCAAGAUCGUGAAGGCCCCGAGGCGGUCACCAUCGUAACGCCUCCUGAGAUGGACCACCCUCAUGACAAGAGUCCCUAUGACGGGCCCAACGCCGACGUCCGGAUCGACCACAUCAUUAUUCCGGACGAACUUCACCGUUUCCGCCUUCCACACGGACAGCUUGCUACUGGAUCGGCGCCGGUCUUCAGAUCCCGUGACCCGUCUUGCGACCGUGAGCGGCCACUGCUAAACCUCGUUCUCCCCACGCCCCUAGUUACUCCCCGCGCUACACCCGCCCCCGAGCAGCAGAAAGAGACAAAACAGACGGCUAAAACACGUGAAACGACAAAGUCUCGGUCGAAGGAGAAGAAAGAAGCGCCGGCAGACCCCGCACCUGAAAUCGUUCUGGGACCAAAAGGGGAAGUCAUGGAAAGACCAACGACACCGACUGCUAAAUCAGUAACUUGGGGCGAGAACCAGACGAAGAGCUUCGAAGCUGAGAGCCCCGAGCCCCCUAAGGCCGCACCAUCCACGACCUCUACCAAAACCAAGUCAAAGAAGCGCUUUGGCAAGAGCUCGCCAUGGGGCAUCAUUGCUGCUGCAGUUGGCGGGGCGGGGGCGGCAGCCGCAGCAUCGUCGGCAACAGCCCCUGAAAUCCGUGAUCCUUUCGAAGAGAAAAAGCCGGAUGACGAUAAGGCCACUCACAGCCCGCCGCAGUCUCCCAAGUCGCGCGCCGUGGAACCUGCAAGAGAGCCGGUCGCCGCACCUCCUUCUCCAAAGCUCGUAACGUCUUUUGACGAAGAGCAAGACCUCCCCCCUGCGCCUGGCCCCAAGCCAUCCAGCCCACAAACAUCUCAGAUGCCCGGAUCGUUUGCAGAUGACAUCGAGUUCGCCUCUGUUCUCGCUGCUGGUCUGCAAGAUACUGGCUUUGACCCUAACAUUGUCAUCGACAACCCUGCCUACAUGAGACGUGACAGUCCCCCAGGCCAAAGCGAGCCUAGCGUCUACCAACAACCUUUUGCAGAGACUGUCACUGACCUGGGCGUUUACGGUCCUGAUUAUGUGCACAAUAGUUCAUCUACACGUGGUCCCGGGUUCGUCGUUGGCGAGGUUCCGGAAACAUCGGCAUCUGAGAAAGAUUUGAAGGUUGGAAAUGACACAAAUGGCUCCUCUUCACAAGAAAAGCAUGACAAGGGCAAAACCAAAGAGAACGCUCUCUCGGAUGAGGAACGUGCUACCAAUGAUUCCGAGCCUGUCAAGAAACUCAGCAAGAAGGAGAAGCGCAAGCAGAAGGCCGCCAAACGACAAAGCGCUGAUGACGCGCCGGCGGAGGUAUUCCAGGAUGCGACUUCAGCUCCAGAAACUACACCUCAGCAUGAAUGGCAUGGCAAUGACAAGGACGUACGUCAAAGCCCUGAAACGGUUGUUGCGCCUGGUCCAAAGUCUCGCGGUCUCGAGGACGCUCCCGCCUGGGACUUGUCCUCCUCUUCGCAUCAAUCCCGUUCAUUCGAAGAGCCACUGUCCUCUCGCAUGGCUGGCUCUUACGAUGAGCGUGCAUACCCUUCCAACCGCCCCUUCGACGAGCCAGAUUCCUUCGCUACGACUCGUUCCUUCGAUGAAUCUGCCUUUUUCCAGCCGUCCCAAUCCUUCAACGAGCCAUCAUCUUUUCGUUCAGAUGAGGCAACGUCACAUGGACCAACGUAUUCUGAUGUGCCUGUCGCUGACUAUGACACUGCUUCCCCUACCAAGUCAAGCAAAAAAGAAAAGAAGAAGAGUCGGUCCUCUAGAUCGGACGUCAUUUUGGUACAAGAAGAAGAUGGUCGACCAGCGGAAGAGUUUGUCAUCAAAGAGUCACGUACAUCCCGCGAGAAGUCGCCAGAGCUCGAUGAAUAUACUCCCGCAGAACGCCGUGAGACUGGCGACGACCCAGCGGACACGCCCAAGAAGAAGAAAAAGUCUAAGAAGUCCAAGCAGAGUUCAGACGAGUGGACCGAUGUCGAAAGGCAGGUCGAUGACGCGUCUGGGGUUGGCAAAAGCGAGAAGGGCACACCCACCAGAGUUACCGACGACUGGGACGAUCGUCCCACCAAAUCACGGCGAGAUCGGUCCAGGUUUGAAGACAACGACGUGAGCUCUGUCGUAUCCGAUCCGUCAUCUCGGCGGGAGAAAUCCGAUCGCCGGUUCAAUGGCAGCAGAUAUGAGGACGACGAUGCCAAGUCCGUAGCAUCUGACGGCACGAGUCGUAAGAGACGGAACCGCGAUGAAAAGAAGAGCCCCAAGGACGAUGAGAAGCGUAGUAGCGGCUCGUUCUUCGGCCUGUUCAGACCAGCCAGCGGGAGUAGCAAGGACACAUCUGGCAAAGAUGAGAAGUCUUUUUUAGAUAAUGCCGGCACCCUUGGCGCGGGUGCCGGCUUGGCGAGCGCCGUGGCAGCUUUGGGCUCCAUGAUGUCCCGCUCCAACGCCACCGAACCUCAUGCGGAAGAGUCGCCUAUUGAUCUUCGUCCUCUGGAGAGAUCCGUCAGUCCUCCUCAAGACGUCGACAUUCUCGACCCCGAAAUUACACAGCGGGUUAUCAGACCAGCUAUUGACCCUCAAUAUGGCGACCUCCUUCCUCUGCCACCCAGCCCAAUGCCGCCAAGCACUCUCGGUUCCCCGACGCAAGAGCUGGAUGAACUACCGGCAUUGCCCGAUAGCCGUCCAGAAACACCGCCCGAUGAGCGGAGACGUCAACACGAAAUGAAGACCCAUGUUCGACGCCGCAGUAACCUGGAAACACCAAGCAAGAGCCCCAGUCAGACAGCAGUUCCAUUCAAGCUUCGACUGGGGCAAAGGUCGACGCCGUCGUCUCCUGGUAAUUUGGGACAGGCUGUGUCCCCAAUUUCACCUCCAAUGCUCCCAACAUUUCCGGAACCUCCUCUUUCCAGACGCCCAUCUGCCAGACCCAUUUCAUGGGAGCGGGGCAGUGAGUUCAAGCCUCUCUACCUACUUGAACAUGCUCGUCAGGAGCACGCCGCUCAGUUGAUGGAGCCACCCAUUGACUUUCCAGAGCUGCCUCCGAGCGAGCCAUCAUCUCGCGAAUCCCCCGCUCCAGAAUUCGCGAUUCGCGAAGACGACACCAACUACUCCCAACUGCUGCAACCUUCACCGUUCGAGCCGGAUGAACUCCGCAUCGAUACCGGUGUUCCACAGUUCCCUUCCUCGUUUGGUUACUACGGUUCGCAGGAAGCAACACCGACGAAAGAGCAGACAUUGCAAUACACUGGCGCCAUCUUUGGCCCCGAAUCACCCGCUCUUCCCGCCACUCCGGACCUGGCCAGGCAGCUCGAUUUCUCAGAGCACGAGCAGGUAGAACUGCCAGCUCUUCCUGACAGUCCUGCAAGCGUGGUCACUGAACGCGAUGCUUCUUUGGAUAUUCAGCCUGCCACCCCGACGCUUCAACAUGACUCGAUGGAACUGCCUGCGUCGCCCACAAGCUCUCCGACUGAGGCUGAGUCGGUAGAAGUGCCUGUUGGUCCUAUCUUGAUGCCCGAGUCACCUGCCCUACCAAGCGAUCCUGAUGCAGCUAGACAACUGGACCUCUCCGAGCACGAACUGGUUGACCUGCCAGCUCUACCUUCCAGUCCCGUGAUGGACCAACAGAUACUGCGCACUCCUCCUUCCGGACUAACAGCCGACCGCAAUUUAACGGAGUCGCCGGUUUUUUCAAUCGAGAGCGAGGCUCCGGCAUCAUCCACUGCCACCAAGUACGCCCCUGAGUCACCUGCUCUGCCCGCAACGCCAGACAUAGUCAGGCACAUCGAUCUCUCCGAGCACCAACUGGAGGAGCUGCCUGCUCUUCCUGUCAGUCCUGCGUUCGACAAUGAACUUUCAUCUCCAUUCACUGCCGUCAAGUUUGCUCCCGAGUCACCUGCGCUUCCCUCAACGCCAGAUGCAGCCAGGCAUAUCAAUCUUUCCGAGCAUCAAUUGGAGAAGCUUCCUACUCUCCCCGCCAGUCCUGUAAUGGAGAAUGAGCCUUUGGCGUCAUUCCCUACCAUCAAAUUUGCCCCCGAGUCACCCGCUCUGCCCACUACUCCAGGUAUAACCAGACGUUUUGACCUCUCGGAACGGCAGCUGGAUGAGUUGCCUGCUCUUCCCGCCAGUCCCGUGAUUGAGCCCGAGGUGUUUUACACUGGCGUUAGGUAUCUACCCGAAUCGCCCGUGCUCCCCUUGGUCCCGGACGCAGCCAAGCAGCUGGACAUCGCUGGACGUGAGUUGGACGAGUUGCCUGCUCUCCCUGGCAGCCCUGUGAGUGAGCCCGAGGCGGACUCUACUGGCAUUAAGUACUUGCCGGAAUCGCCAAUCCUUCCACGGCUUCGCACAGCUGGACAGCUGGAUAUCGAUGCACGUGGUUUGCAUGAGUUGUCAGACUUGCCUGCGCUUCCCGCUAGCCCCGCAAUGUCCCCAGUUGCCGCAACAGAGCCAGAGCCAGAGCCGGUUGAGGCCAUGUCAAAGGACAGAAACACACCGCCCAGCCCCACGCCUUUCAGGACUCAAGAUAGCGCCGAAACGAUGCCUGCCAUUGAAGAAGAAGCCUCCUCCCGAGCUCGCGACAUUGCCCUAGGUGCUGUCGCAGGAGGCGCCGCAGCGGGCCUCGCAACGGCCGCUCUGGCAAGGGAAGGCAGUGCCGAUGACAAACCGACAGACACCGAGACCGCCGCUCAUAACUUUGAGGCUGCUGAACCAGCCGAGCCACUUGUGGAGACGAAGCUGUCCGAGAAAGCAAAGAAGAAGAGAAAGAACAAGGAAAGGAGAAUGGACGACAUUACAAUCCCUUCUGUCGAGACUACUUAUUCUUCCGAGCCACUGGACCAUGGAGCAGACUUGUCAACAACAGAAACUGUUCCGCCCAGUUCCACCAGUAACGAUUUGCCACUGAGAGACUUCGUUCCCGCCAUCCAGACGGCAGACCCAACAAUCCACUUGCCCGAGGCGAGUACUUCCGCUUCUGUCGAUAACAGCACAACUCCUCCCCUCCCAACAGAGGUUCCUCUGCCAAGCACAUCCGAAGAGGAAGUUUCGCGUUCGCCGGCCCUGCCGUCAGCCCCCGGCGUCGCAGCUCCAACGGAGGUCACAUCUCCCACGGCUACUGGGGAGGAUCGUGUGAUGAGCCCCGUGUCCCGUGGCCGCUUCGGUGGCUUUUUCAGCCGCUUCCGGCCAGCGCACAUGCUUCUUCUCCAGAGGUCAGGGUACAAUAGCAGCAAUCCGCCCUCUCCUGGGGCAUGGAGCGAGGAUGAGGUAUUUGAGGACGAGCAGCCCCCGGCUGUGAUUCGCGCGGGCAAGACUUGGCCGACAGAGACUCCUUUGGCCGAGUCACCUCUGAGCAGAGCCGUGGUGUCCAAGGUUCACAGUCCUGAAUUUCCCACACCACAGCCUGAUCAUCACGGCAGCUUGCCUCCUACCGACCUUGCCUUGAACACUCCGGCUGACCCUCCCACUUUAACCUCUGAUGAUGUGCCACGGUCGUCCUCGCCCACCGAUAACACAGUCUUAUCAGCCGAGCCUGCCCAGUCCGAGGUUCUUUUGCCUGCGGCUGGAAACGAUGACAAAACUCCUUCGACAGAUAUUGUUGGAAAAGACGAAGAGCCGCAUCAUGCGGAGAGCAGCAAGCCCCUCGCCGCCACCAUCACCGAAAAUGCUGCCCUCGAAAGUGGCGAUGUUCCUUUGGAGAAGAAGCUUUCCAAGAAAGACAAGAAGAAGCUUAAGAAAGCUCAGGCUAAGGCUAUCGAGCUUGAACGCUCUCCAGAUUCGAUUGAGAACACCAGCUACUCUCCUUCUCUUGAGAAAGAAGCAACCGCAGCUGCUCAGAUCGAUGCUGAGGCAAACGUUCCUCUCCCCAACCUUGAGGCCCAGCUUCCCCUGGCCGACGUUGACGCAACAACUGCUUCGGUCGAAGCUCCAGCAACCAAUCCCCCGCAUGAGACUGAAGCAGCGGCUUCUUUGCUCGAAGCCGAGGCGCAGGUUCCUUUGCCCGACACCAACGCUCAAACUCCCAGACCUCGAGAUGAUAAAACAGCCCUUCCCGCCGACAGUCAAACAGUUCCCAUCUCACAGGACACUGAAGCGGCGAUGCAAACACUCGAGACUGAAUUGCAAGCUCCCUUUCCUGCAACUGAAGAAUUGGCCACGUCGCCUGGCCAUCAGCAAGACCAGCAUGUCACCGUGGCUGGUCCAAGUGCACCGGCGCCAUUUUCCGAGCCUUCAGUUCCAGAGACGAAGAAAAGCAAGAAAAAGAACAAGAAGGCGAAGAAGGCACUGGAGAUGGAAGACAAGCAGACGCCCACCAUCGAGACCGACAACAUGCACACUUUGGCCUCGGUUCCCGUCGCCCUGAUCACUGGAGAAGAGGAUAAGUCAACCGAUUUGGACAAGGCUACACCUUCACAAGCUACUGAGGGCCAAGUCCCUAGCCCCAGUCAAGAUGAUGAGGAGCAGCAGACGCCUGUCCCGGUUUCCAAGGACCAGCCCGUCGAAACUAAGGAGCAGCAACCUCAACUUCUAGGCGCUGAGGAAAAUGCAGCCUCUGUGGACGAUAUCUCAUCGGAAGUACAACCUCCUGUUGUCGAGCUAGAUGACAAGCCUGCGUACUCGGGAGAUAGCAUGAUGGAGCAGCAGGCUCAAUUCCAAGACAUUGAAGAAAAGGUAACCAAGGUGGACGGGCCGCAAUUCGAGUCGCAACCUCCCGUCAGCGAACCAGACGAGAAGCCUCUGCCUGUGGAAAACAUUCUUCUGCCUGAUCCAGAAACUUCGAUUCUUACCCAAGCAGGCAGCUCUGCUCCGGUCGACGACGCCGUCCUCGAGCAAAAGCCAGACCCAUCUUUCCCGGAGGAGAAACCGACACGUUCGGACGAACACUCUCCUGAAACGCAGGCUCCAGCUGCUGGAAAGGAAACAAUUCCCGCCAACUUGGACGAUACCCUCAUCGCACAGCAAACUCCACUCCCUGACGUUGACGAUUUUCUUCAAGAGCAGGAGACAACCAUUGCCAAAUCAGAUGACAACCUCAUCGCGCAGCAAAUCCCCCUUCCUGACAUCGACGAAUCUCUUGGAGAGCCACUGCCUGAGGCACUGAACGUUGAGCCAUUGGCAGAGCCAUCGUCUCCUACCCUUUCCAAAAAACAGAAGAAAAAGAAGAAGGGCAAGAAGAAUCAGGCUGCUGACGAAGGUUCCCUCACCCCCGGACAAUCUACUCCUCUCGAGGCCGACACUGUCUUGCGUCAAGAACCUCAGAUUCCUGACACGGAGACAAAGCUCGCUGACGAUUCCGAGCUCUCUGCGGAGCCUCGAGACUUGGAGGUGAAGUCGACGGAUGUUUCUUCCGAGCUCGCUCGAGACGGUACUUCAUCCACGACUGACAUCAAUGACUCUUCCAAGCCCGAGGUCCUCGUCCUUUCUCCGACAGAGAAGUCCACCGAUGAAACUUCUUCGGCCAUUGCUGAAAGGCCUGAGACUUUCUCUUCAUCCACGAAUGAAGGCAGCAAAGACCUCCACGAAUCCGCCACUUUGAGCACGGAGCCAUAUGCCCAGCCUUCUCAGCCUGAGUCACCCAGCAAGAAGAAGAAAAAGAAGAAGAGCAAGGCAGCUUCACUAUCGCAGCCGGACAAUUCGAUCUCUGGGGAGACAGCUCCUGUUCAACAUCCCAAGUUCGAUACGCCUGUCGUUGAAACACCUACUCCUAGAACCCCAAUUGAUGAAACUCCGGCCGUUGAGACUCCGGUAGUUAGUAACCCUGUAGUUGAGACUCCUGUUGUUGAGACUCCUACUGGUGAGAAGACUGCCACUGAGACUCCGGCUUUUGAGACUCCUCUUGAGGCCCCGGUUGUCAAUGAACCGGUCGUUGAGACUCCUGUUGUUGAGACUCCUACUGGUGAGAAGAAUACCGCUGAGUCUCCUGCUUUGGAGACUUCUCUUGAGGCUCCGGUAGUUAACAACCCUGUAGUUGAGACUCCUACUGGUGAGAAGACUGUCACCGAGACUCCUGCUUUUGAGACUCCUCUGGAGGCUCCAAUAGUUACCAACCCUGUAGUUGAGACUCCUGUUGUGGAGACUCCUACUGGCGAGAAGACUAUCGUUGAGACUCCGGCUUUUGAGGCUGCUGGUAUCAAGAUUGCGUCUGUUCAAGAUCCGGAACUCGAGAUUUCGAAACCUUCUCAUGCUUCAAGUUCUCCUUCUGGAACUCCUGUGAUCGAAAGCCAGGUGGUUGAGACUCCUGUUGUUGAGACUCCUACCAGUGCGAUCUUGGACGAGAAUUCAAGUAGUCCGGCUGCUGCUGAGACUCCUGUGAUCGAAAACCAGGUGGUUGAGACUCCUAUCGUUGAGACUCCUGCCAAUGCGAUCGUUGAUGAGACUCUCGUGAUCGAAAGCCAGGUGGUUGAGACUCCUCUUGUUGAGACUCCUGCCAGUGCGAUCGUUGAUGAGACUCCCGUAAUCGAGGAUCAGGUGGUUGAGACUCCUCUUGUUGAGACUCCUACCGGUCAGACCACUGCCGAGACUCCAGGACAGACUGAUGAGGCUUUGGUCUCCAAGCUUCCCGUCGAGAAGACUGAAGCUACCGUCGAGACUCAAAUUGAUGACACUCCGGUUAGCAAAAGCAUUUCGGCCGAAAGCCCAUCGUUCAAGGCACCCGUCCCGCAAGAAUCGCCGACAAUUGAUGAGGCAUUUGCAGAGCCCGAGGCCGAACAGCCUGCCCCAGCAAUUCCGCAGGAUAUUUCUCUCCAAGACAAAGAUCAGCAUCAGCAUCAGGGCACCCAAGACGUGAUCGCGACGACGGACACACUGGAAGCGCCGCAGUCCUUGCCCGCAGACAGCGUUGAUCAGGCCGACAAUCCGACGGAAGAGUCUUCGAAAACUUCCAAGAAGUCGAAGAAGAAGAAGAAGAAGGAGAAAAGCAUGUCGAUUGCAGAACCCGAGCCCCCUACCUCUGUUUCUGACGACCUUCCCCUUGACGUCGCUGACAUCACAAACGCUGCCGAACAAGCGACCCUGCCUGGCGAAAAGACAGUCGUCGAGGAAGUGCGCGUGCCAGAUGUGGACGUUGGGGACAGCCCAUUGCAGCCCAAGAACACCGAUCUGGAAGAGUCACAGGAAAGCCGAGCAUCGGAGAGCGCCUACGCCGAGUCCCAGGAACCUACAGUGAUAGAGAGCGAGGAUGACGCUUUCGUCACCCCCCGGCAGGGCCCCGUAGUUCUCGAGGAUGACGCAGACUUGUCCGGAAGCCUCUCACGAGAGCCGACCCUUCUCGAAAGCCAGAGUGAAGCGAUUGACGCCAUGUCACAAGAAGCAUCCGCCAAAAAGGAUGAAAGCGGCGAUGUCCAAGCUCAGGCCGAACCCGAAUCCCCGGUCGAAUCGAAGAAGAGCAAGAAAAAGAAGAAGAAGGCAGCGGCCGCGGCCGCAGCCGCAGCAGCCGCCCUCGAAGCUGCCUUCGAGAACGCACCUCAGAACCAGAACGACAACAAGGAGGAGGCGAAGGACGAGACGAUCACGGACAAGGACACAAGCAUCACGCCAGACAAGACAGGGGACACGGAACCACCACCGCAAGACGCCCCUACAAGCGGAGAAUUCGCGCCGGACAUCAAGAUUUCGGAGGAAGCAGACCCAGGGACAGCUGUUACCAAAAAGGGAAAGAAAAAGAAGAAGGGCAAGAAGUCAUCAACCUUGGACCCGGAGCCUGAGAACAGCCCGUCCACACGUGUCCCCGAAAACACGGCAGAUGUAGCGAAUACAAUGGACAAGUCCGCUUAUAUUUCCUCCCCGACGGGAGAGCCUGCCAGUGACGAAAUAUUCUUCCCGCAAGCAGACACUCGGACAGAGGCUGAGUGGUCGACUGCUGCAAAUACGGGCAAGAAGCGAAAAUCCGUGACGUGGGCACCAGAAGUGGCAUCCUUCUCGAACGGUCCCGAGUCUCCUCAAGAUGCCGACAACGGCCCUGAGUGCCAAAGCGGGAACGUCCCAGCCUCCGAUCAGCUACCUACAACGGGGCCAAGCCAACCUCGGGAUCAACAAAACGCCGAAAGUCAAGAGGGGAAAGCCCAGGGUUCCGAAAUCAGCGAUCUCGACCAGGCACCCGCACAUGUGGCGGCGGAGAAGGAUCUCGACCCAGAAAGCCAAGCUCAGACAGACCCUGCAAGCGAGGGCAACGUCGCCUCGCCCCAGCACCAGAAGCACGACAUUGUCCCCAGCGACUACUUCCCGUCAUCUGCUGGAUUGAACAAGACGCGGGGAACUGCGAACGAUUCGAAUUCCACCGACCAAGGUUAUUUUCCUUCUGCCCACCGAAUGCUGCCAGUAACUCCCUCACUGAGUCUUGUCGGCGCUGGUGCGGCCAACCGGAAGGGCGGUGAGACAUCAGAGCGGAAACUUGACGCGGAGGAGGUGGCACGCAUCGACGCUGAUGCAACAAACACCGAACAUGCGGGCCGUUCUGGGGCCAUUGACGAACCACGAGCGGGAACCACGACCCAAACGGGAGAGGUCGGCUUGUCGGACCCCAGUCUGCAUGCAGUUGUGGAGUCUACCAGUGAACAGGGGUACGACAAAUCACUGCAAGACACGCAAAACGGGCGGAUAACGGGUGCCCAAGCCGGGGGCCCGGCCCUCACCGACUCGGCCCUGGAGGCUGGUGGUCCACAACAUACCCCGGUACCUCACUUGGCGGACCAAGACACAAACCCGGAGAUCCCCCAGCCUCUGGUGCGCGAGUUACCCAGUCUGUUGCAGGUCGACAAAAAAUCUGACGCGGGGAUCACUGACGCCGUCGCUGAAACUCGCCCGGAAGACAAGAAGCUGUACGACAACCCGGACACCGAGACGUCGCAUGACAAGAAGAAGGACGAGGAAGAGCAAUCCGGUCCUUUCGCCGCCGAUGCUGAGCGCCCGGGUCGAACAGACACCUCGGAACCGCUUGGUGAACCCCUCACCUCGGAGCCGGAAUUAGACUCAUCCUCAAAGACACUUCCAGAAGCUCACCCAACAGGGGUUGUCAACACCACCCACAGCUCUCAGAGGACUGAAGCAGAGGCCCAGCAAGAAGACGACGUUUGGUCUGAGUCGAUAAGUUCAACCAACAUGUCCAAAAAGGAUAAGAAGAACAAGAAGACCAAGGCUGCUGGUGCCGAGCCUACCCCCCAGGAUGACGUUCAUGAGAUCAAAGCACAGAAUGUGGAUGACCCCCCGGCCGUCCAACUGGGUGCCGAGUCGCAAGAGGAGUCUACGCCACGCGCUCCCGAUGUAGCUCCCGUGACUGAGGCAGUCGAGGCUGGUGAAGAUGAAUGGGCAUUCCAGCCGGUUGGCAAGAAGAGCAAAAAGGACAAGAAAAGGCGUGCUGCAGCCCAGGCCAAAGAAGAAGCCACCAGGUUGGCCGCGCAAACGCCAGAAACCGUCGUCGCCGACCAAGGACCUCAACCCCAGCCCCUUGAAGCCGAUGAGAUGUUGAGGACGGAUAUCGCGGAGGAGGUUCAAUCAUCAACUGCACCCGAGCCAGAAGAAAGCUUCGUUGAUCCAUCCGGAAGCAAGAAGUCUAAGAAGAGCAAAAGGCGCCAAAGCCUUGCUGAAAGUGUACCCGAUGAUGUCUCCAGCUCAAUUGGCCCGACACCUGAUGCGCCGUCAGAGCAGCUGGAACUGCCUGAAGACAUUGACACUUCUGACUUUGAAACGCCGACAAAAAAGAGCAAAAGGGAUAAGAAGAAGGAGAAGCAGGUUGGAGAGGAGAGUCGCGAUUACUAUCGGCAGGUGGGGCCGGUGAGACCGCACUUUCGUGGACCAUGGGCUGCUCCUGCCGCACUGCUUGCUGGGAACUAUUUGUCUGUCAACAAGGAACGUAAAUUCUCCGACGUCGCAGAGGAAGAGUUGCGCAGUCCUUCAAUAAUAUCGGGCGUGGACGACGUUACUUUCACAUCCGAACACCCUGAGGAUGCACCACCUCCCGCAUCCGACCCUCAGCCGAUUACCACCCAUCCUGAUAUAAUCCAGAAAGACGAGCCAACUAGCCCUCCAGGAAGUGUUGAGACCGGCCCUCCAGCUCAGCUUACCGAGACUCAAGUGACGGACGAACCACAGACAACUCGGGAAAUCACCUCAGAUGUGCCCACGGAAUCCGAGAUCAUGAUCGAGACUCCUAACGACAGCACAACUGUACAACCGGAAGAUGAAUUCCCAGCCGUCACUAAAAAGUCGAAGAAGGAUAAAAAGAAGAAGAAGAAGGGCCCCUCUGUCGAUGUCCUUGAUGAACAGCAACUGCCUUUGCAGACGGGAGAAGCGCUUGAACCCUCCAAACCGGAAGAGACCAGCGGGCAGCCAACUCAACCUGAGACUGGCGACGUCGGCCAACAGAUCGAGGAGAUUGCCGAGGACACGACUGCAAACACUCGACAAGUGGAACAAAAGCCGGCAGUGGAGCAGCCUGGAGUGUCAGAGCCUGUUGAAGAGCAGCCCCUGGAAGAGACGGCCGAAGCAGAGUUGAUCGAGAGCAAGCCAGCCGAUGACGAAGACCUUGCUGACGUCGCCAAGAAGUCUAAGAAAGACAAGAAAAAGAAGAAGAAGGCGGCAGCAGCAGUGCAGGAGACAUAUCUAGAACAAUCCAUGGAAACCGACGCCAAUCCCAGCAUGGGGUCUCUUCCGCAACAACCGCAAGAGCCAAAGGACUUGAGCACCGAUGAACAGUUGCCCAAGACAAGUCUUCCUUCCGAGCAUAUGACACCGACCGACAGCCAUCUUCCUCCAACCACUGUGGACACCCCUGAAAUUAUCCUUCCGACCGAAUCUCAGCACACCGACGUCUUGCAACAGCAACCGACUGUCGACCCAGAUGAAGAAUUCCCGGUUCCCGAGAAGAAGUCCAAAAAGGACAAGAAGAAGAAGGGGAAGAAAGCUCAAGAGGACCCAUUCAUUGACACCAUUCGUGAGCCUCAAGCGGAGACUACAUCUCGGUCAGAAGAAGUGAUUUCCCGCGAACCCGAGACCACAAGCGCCAUCGUGGAACCACCUGCACCAUCCUUUGAGACCGUCACUCCCAAAGAUGAGCUUGCCUCUGAGGAGCAACUCCGCGAGACAGAGCCGGUUCAGGACAGCAUGGAUGUCGAGCAAAGCCCGACUGUCGACCCGGAGGAGGAGUUUCCUCUGACGGGCAAAAAUGCCAAGAAAGACAAGAAAAAGAAGCAGGCAUCUGUUUCUGCUGUGACCGAGCCUCAACUGGAACAUCAAAUCGACACUGGCAGUCCGCCCGGAAUCGAACAAAGCAGUGCUGCUGUACCGGUGCCAGAGGAAACUUUUCCCGUGGUGCCCGUUGAGGAGCAAGAAGCCAACUCUGCGACGAAUGACCUUCCAGUGGACGUCCAAGCAAGCUCAACUGAGAAUCGACCAUCAACUUUCCUCCCUCAGCAGGACGACCGAGACGAGGAGUUUCCUCUGACCGGAAAGAAGGAGAAGAAGGCCAAGAAGAAGGGCAAGGUCGUCGAUUUGACCGAGCCCGAGGUUCUCAGCGAUCCCGCCGCCGAGCCUGCGAAAGGUCAUAAUGAGCCCUCAGUUGAGACGCCUUCAGAAACCAUUCAGACGGAGAACAUUUCUGAGCAGCCCUCAACCUCAGAUGCACCACUCGCCAUGGAUUCAUCAACACAGCUUGAGCCUGUCAAAGGUCCAGUACAAGAGGCUGCAAAGGACCAGGAUACUUCGCCAACUGAUGCCCAAGUACUGCGGGAAGAGCUCCUAGUUGAAAGGCAACAACCACCCACCGACAUUGCAUCUCAAACUCCCCUACCCUUGGUCGACGAACCCUCAAUGACCAAGCUGUCGAAGAAAGACAAGAAGAAAGCAAAGAAGGGAAAGGCCCAGGGCGACUCUGAUAUGCUUUCUGGCGCAGCGACCCGGCUCGAAGAAACGCAGACAACGCCAAUGCCCGAAUCGACAGACGUUUUGCAAGAUACAAGUCAGUCCGGUCUCCUUGCUCCUGAAGCUCCUCUCGUUGGAGAGCAGCCCAACGAUAUGCUAUUAUCGCCAGUUCAGGUUGAUGUCCCCGCACUGCAUGACAAUGACAACCGGGAGAUCGCUGUUGAAACGGACACUGCUCGGUCUCCUCAGCACCAGGGAGCUGACGUCCCAGAAGUUGCCUCGCCUCCGCAACCUAUCACAACCGAGGCCGAGUUGAAAGUGGAUGAGCCGUUCACUGCCGAGGAACCUGAGGAAUUUGUGGUCAGGAAUUCCAAGAAAGACAAGAAGAAAAAUAAGGCCGCAGCCAACGAAUUUGAGUCUGAAUCCACAACUUUAUACAGCGACCAGCCCUCUGCAACACUCGAGAAACCCGCCACCAUCACCGCCGACAGUUCUAUGACUCCCUUGCCUCUCGUGGAAGCCGCUGCUGCUGAUCCCCUGGACGAAUGGGCUCAGGCAACGAUUUCAAAGAAGAGCAAGAAGAAUAAGAAGAAGAAGAACCAGUCGUCCGGUGUUGAGCCUGAAAUCAGCCGCGAUACUCCUCUCGCAGAGCCGGAAGUGGCCUCCGAACCCCAAAUCACCUCGCCUCUGGAAGCCGAUAACUUACGCGCCUCUCCUGUACAGGACGUCAAGCUCGACGCACAACCAACAUCUGCUCCUCAUGAACCUCUCGCUGAGCUGGAAGCUGUCUACGAGCCCCAAGUCAACCCGCCUUCGCCCGUCGCCGAGCUACCCUCUCCGAUGCAGAACGUCGAGCUCGACGUACAAGAAACACCUGCUCUAAAGGAAACGCCCGUUUUCUCUGCACCUCCUGCUGAGAUACCUGUCAGUGAUUCAACAGCUCAAACGAUCUCCGAGCAAGAAUCAAGCACACCCCCGCCUAUCACCGAUACCGUCACGGGUAGCGGGAGCCCUUCUGAUGAGCCUCCUGUCAGCGAGAAUGAGCGCAAGAUCCGCGAUGUGGCGAAGGAGAGUCAGGAGUUACCUCCCGCCGACAGGGACGCUGCUGAACCGAUUGGUGAAGGGCCAGAUGUCGCCCCUAUCGAGAAGGCCAGUAAGGAGAACAAGAAGCGACCGAGUCUUGCACUUGAGGACUUCGAAGCUGGUCCUGCAAUCGAAUUUGUAGACGCAAAGGACACUGGAGAACGAGAUGCGCCACAGCCUAUUCAACUGCAAGCAGACGAAGCCAUGCCCAACCCUGAAGACAAUAUCGCCAAUGCCUCUAACGCGCCUGUCGAUUCCCCGCCCACAAUUGCCACUUCACAAUCUUCUGAACCUGCAGAGCAAGAAAUAACAACUGAGGCAGCCACCUCGCGGGAAGCUAUCCUGGAUCCUGUUCUGCCAAUUCCCGAGGCCGCUGAACGUACCUUAGAAGGGUCAGCAGAGAAAGACAAUAUACCCACUGUCGCCGAGGAGUUAGGAGAGAACUUGACUCCCAAAAAGUCCAAGAAGGACAACAAGAAGAAGAGCGCCAGCCAAGCACAACGCGAAGGUGAAGUUACUCUCACUCCUGAUCUUGCAACACCCUCUGCCUCGAUUUCUUCCGACCUACUGCGGGAAACCGUCCCAAAAGAAGAGAACGGCGACACCAACCGUGGCAUCGUCGAUCCGCCAGCAAGCCCCAACGCAAAUGAGCUUCCUCAUCCCGCAACAUCCAUUGAGGAACCAGACCAGGCGAAAGAAGAUGCUCCCGGGGUCAUUGUCAUUGGUGAUAAGGACAUUUCCCGACCUCCUUCACGCCCAGCCUCUCCUCAGCGAGACUUCAACAGCACAGAAAAGAUCGACGUCCCGGGAGAAAGCCACUCUUCACAAGAUGCUGGUUUCGAUUCAAGCAAUGCGCCCAUUGAUAAAACGGCCACAGAACUGCCCAUCGCCAACGACGAAUGGGACAUUCCCGUGACAAAAAAAUUCAAGAAGGGCAAGAAGCAAUCUGUUCCGAUUGACCUCUCAUCCCCAGCCAAUGUCGACCCGACGCCCGCUAUCGAUUCUCAGCCAGAUCAACUUCGAGACGACGCCGGGAAUCCUGAAUACUUCGACAAAGCGACUCUCGAGGAUACAAGAAGCGCAUCCACACCCCCGCCUCCUGAGCCGGCAAACACUCUGCCGACCCCAACAGAUGUUCCUGAGCAAGCCGACAUCACAGUUCCUUCCCCUGAGUCGAUCAAGUCGACUCCUGUUGACCUUCAACCGGCACAAGAAUCGAGCAGCUUAGUUCACGACGUUCCCUUCGAUCAAUCAGAGAAGCGGAAAAAGUUGAAGACCAGGGAGCAAUCCAACACCCUUCUGCCCGAGCCAAUUUUGAGUUCUCGAGAGAUUGCAGCAGCAUACCUCGACGACCACAGCAACGAAGAACCAACCGAUCAGACUGCCACAAUUCCUGACGAGCCCUUUCUGCCAAUAACGGCGCCUGGUACCCCUCAAGAUCAAGAACGUCCAGAGCCCAGGUUCGAGGAAGACACUCCAAAACAUCCGUUGCCGCAAGAGCCAUCCGCUAUCGACAUGGCUGCCUCCUAUCUGGAACGCAAAACCGACCACGAAUCAGCGGAGACUGUCCGGUCACCAAGUCCGAUAGAACAGCAACGGGCAACUGAUUCGUCAGCCAUUGGAGCGGCUAUCGCCGCCGCAGCGAUCGGAGCAGGAGCAGCUAUCGCCAGCAAGUCCAAUAGCCAGAAGGAUGACGUGGUCGACGAUCCAUCCCUUUGGGAGGGUGCUAAUAAGAAGCACACCAGCGAGAUUGCAAGCGCGGAGGCUGAGAAGUUUUGGGGGGUCGGCGAUGUUGAGGACGCGCCUAGGGCAUCAGCUGGCACAAAUGAGAUGGAGGACGGUGGACUUGACUUCGUGGCUCCUCAAGAGCAACUGAAGUCAGAGCGGCACACAUCAACCGAGGAUGAUGAUGUCUUCGCCCCCACCUCGAAGCAACGCGAUUCUAGCCUGACGCAAGACGGACGCACUGGCGCAGACAGAUCACCCAUGUCCAGUGUGAAGGGUGUUCCCGAUGAGCAGCUAUCCUACAUCUCUCCUCCUCCCAUUGGCGAGUCUAGCAGAGCUUCAGGAUCGCGAUCGCCAGCGGAGCACAAGGGUUCAGAGCCAAGCCGGGGCAAGACAAAGGAAAUCCCGAGCUUCACAGCACCACUCAAGGAGGAAGCGCAAGACGACAAUGUUGAGAGCCCGAUUUUGGGCCGAGAGAUGGACACGGAAUCGAAGACGCCAACCGAGAGAAAUAUGGACCGGUCGCUGAGUUCAAGCUUCGAACCACCCACCACCAGCACCCUGGCCAGUGACUUGGACGAAGCGGUCGACCAUGGCUACGAAGUCGAGUCCCGCCGCGAACUCUCGAGCGGUCGAGCAUUGGAAAGCCCUUUCCGAAGUCCAGCCCCAAGCAUCUUGCCGCCAGUUCAGGAGGAGGCCCAAGAAGAAAACGAAGCUCAGUCACGAAUCCUCCCGAAGGUGAGAUCCAGCAGGGCACUACGCACACCAGAGCCCCAACGAGACGGCGGUGUUCGUCGGGACUGGCAGGAGACAACAUCACAAGGGCGGGAUUACCAGCGCACGCCCGAGGUUUCCAGUCACCGAGAACGACGAAGAUCUCGCGAGCUGGAGAGAGUAAAGUCACCGUCAGUCAAGGAAGCUCUUCGGCGAUCACCAUUCGCAGAGGAAGAAACGCGUGAUUUUCCGCUUUCUAGGACUCCAGUUCUACGAGAACCUAGCGGUCGGGAGCUUACUCCGACUCCAGAGCCGCACAAGAUGAGGCGCAUCAGUCCCGAGCUGGAGAGGAGAAGAUCCAAAUACCAGGACCUGGCAUCAGCAGCGCUGGCCGGUGCAGCGAUUAGCAGCACAUCAUCACCACGCAGCACACCUCCACCCGGUAAUCGCAGCGUUUCGGAAAGAGUUGCGCGACUGCAAUCGCCAGCGCCGGUCGAGCCCCCUGUAGCGCGGAGGUCCAUCUCCAACAGCAGCCUAUCACGGCACAGGAGGGCCAUGGGCUCAGCAACACCAGAGCCGCUAAAGUUCAGGCCUGAAAGCCCAGGCAUCUCCCGACCAGCCACUGCCACCCCGCCUCUCCGUCGUCGAACUGACAGGCGGAUGAGCGGAGACCUACGAUCUCUCAGCCAACGAAGUCACCAAGACCUCACCCAGGACCCGACCCCGACCAGCUCGUCAAACACCCCCGUCGCCAACGAAGGUCGUGUCCGCACCAAGGACAUGGCCGACGUCUAUGAUGGCUUUGGUGAGGGCCGCAUCGGCUCCCCCCGAUCGCCCACUCGACCGCACAGCAUGCGCCGACGUCAGAGCAUGCAAGUUCUCGAGCUCGAAUCUCGCGUCGAACAAUUGAUGGCCGAGAAUCGCAUGCUCACCGAUGCACGAACACACACCGAUACCCACAAUGGCAACAGGGCUUCAGGCAUUUUGGCUGAACGCGAUGCCGAGAUCGAUGUGCUCAAGCAGUCGCUCGAGUUUCUACAAAAGGAGGUCGCCCGGUUGACCGAGGUCAACGAGGGCUUGAACAGCGCCAAUGCCCAACUUGCUGCCCAACACAAUGAACGCUACCGUUCGUUGGAGACGCAGCACGCCGACGCUUCGCGGCAAUUGGAGGAGGCUCGCAACGAACACACCCACUUCCAAGAGUCGUUGUCGCAGAAGGACGCCGAAAUUGGCAGACUGCGUUCGGAACUCGACGCUGCCAAGGACAAGAUCCGCCAGAUGCAACGCCAAAUCCUGGCGGCAAAGGGCGCUGACAGUGACUUCCUGAACGUCAAGGACGUCGACCACUUUGACCACAGGUGUCAACAACUCUGCUCUCAUGUGCAGCAAUGGGUCCUGCGAUUCUCCAAGUUUUCCGACAUGCGCGCUUGUCGUCUGACGAGCGAAAUCAACGAUGAGAAGGUCAUUGACCGUCUCGACAACGCCAUCUUGGAUGGCACCGAUGUGGAUGCUUAUCUCGCCGACCGUGUACGACGGCGAGAUGUAUUCAUGUCCAUGACGAUGAACAUGAUUUGGGAGUUCGUGUUUACUCGUUACCUCUUCGGCAUGGACCGCGAACAACGACAGAAACUCAAGUCGUUGGAGAAGCUCCUCACCGAGGUCGGUCCGGCCCAGGCCGUUCGACAAUGGCGCGCUGUCACCUUGACGCUACUCUCUAAGCGUCCAAGCUUCAAGCACCAGCGCGACCUCGACACCGAGGCCGUGGUCCAGGCCAUCUUCCAGACGCUGUCCAAGGUCCUCCCUCCCCCAAGCAACCUGGAGGACCAGAUCCAAUCACAGCUGCGCCGCGUGAUGAGGGAGGCCGUCGACCUCUCCGUCGAGAUGCGCACCCAGCGUGCCGAGUACAUGAUGCUCCCGCCGCUGCAACCCGAAUAUGACGCCGACGGCGAACUCGCCGAGACCGUCACAUUCAACGCUGCGCUCAUGAACGAGCGCAGUGGCGACAAGUCCGUCACCAACGAGGCCCUCGAGGCCCAGAAUGCCACCGUUCGCAUCGUUCUCUUCCCCCUCGUCGUCAAGAAGGGGGAUGACGCUGGCAAUAAUGAUGACGAGAUCGUUGUGUGCCCCGCCCAGGUACUGGUGGCUCGGUCCAAGGGCAAGUCCGUCCGGCUGUUCACGCCCGGCAGCGACGUAGGCGGAGCGUCUGUUGUCGGCGGCAACUCAGCGGCCACGCACAGCGAACUCAGCAUGGGCACUUUCUUGCCCGAGCAGGCUUCGAACAGGGGAUGA